AUGAAUACAAGACGAUCGCGAUGGACUUUCAGAAAGGCGGCCGUGCUAACGGAGUUCUUCAAGCAAGGUGACCUGGAGAAAAGUCGAGGAGACUUACCGCCCACCAUAAUGGACCGGGACAAGUGCGUCAUACCUGAACUGGAGAUACAGUUUCUACAAUCUAUAUGCGUGCCCUUGUUCGAAAUUCUCGGCAACAUUUUACCGAAAGCAGCGCCGUCUGUUAGAAUAAUAGAGAACCAUAUUGAAAGAUGGGACGCAGCGAUACCGAUUUUCGCAGAGCUCAGCUUCAAAGAAAAAGAGAAGCUGCGACUGGAAGCAGAAGCUGCUGCAGCCGCAGAAGCCAAUGAAAAUAAUUAG